AUGCAUCCACUAAAGAACCUAGAUACUCAUAUUUUCUCUGGCGACUUCCACACACUAGACUCCUGCCACACAGGCAAGGCGCCUUUGGCCAGCCCUGUGGAAAACCGGAUGUAUCGGAGUGUGGAGAACCUUCACUGGGCAACAGUUGCUGACUCUGGGCUGCAUUCUCACUGCCGGAGCCUGGAUAAUGAGAUCAUCUUUCACUAUAGAAGCACCAGUCAGUGGACAGAAGGCUGUGGGGACGUGGCCCCAGUACAGAGCACAUCGGACUCUCUGAGAAAUCUUUCUCUCCGUGCUAAACAGACAUCUCAAUCAGCACAGAAUGUGCUCCUCCCUCCCUUUGCCAAAGUGCCUCAGUGGCUUUUCCCUUCUGCAGAGGAAAGAGCCCUACACAAGGAUGCCAAAAAAGAGUUGAAAGAGAAGCUGAGGCUGCACAGCAGUAAGGUGGCAGAGCCCUGCAAGCCAGUGCGUCCACAGGCAGCCCUGCCUGACUUGAUGGCCCGGGAGUUUUUUGAAUGCCAGAUGUGCCGGCAGUACAAGAACGGUUGUGCUGUCAACUGCUGCACGGUUUUGGUGGAACAUACUGCUCUCAGGCAGAGCCUUGCAGGGAGGCAGAGACUGUGUUUUGCACACAGGGUCAUCAGUCCAGAAGACAUCAAGCAGGAGGCUCAGAGGAGGCUUCAGCUCCGAAGGCAGAAUAGCUCCCCCAGUUUGCCCCUUCAGCACACUGGGCAAAGUCAUGAGAUGGCCAAAUCCAGAACAGCAGAAACCCUGGAACAAUAUAGUGGGGAAACAGAUGUCAAAGCCACAUUGGGACAGAGUAAGAAAGGCCACCGCAAAGGGAGGCUCUACAUACCCACCUUUGAGGAAUUCAAGCAAAUGAGAAGCAAGGAGGCAAAUUCAUCUGCCAGCAGCGGUGGGCCAACAGAGUGCUUGAAUAAGGGUCUGCCUGCAAACCAGACCUUGGAGGAGGAGAACAUUAAGAAUGUCUGUCCAGAAGCUCUAGGAACCAAAGCUGUGAAUGAAGCCAUUGUCACAGCAGAGGAUGACGACGAGGUGUUCCGUGAAAACCAUGCCUCUGCUGGCUUUUUCCAAUAUACAGCCACAUGGGAUGGUUUCAGGAUGAGCAGCCCUGAGGUGAUGGACAGAACCUUCCAGAUCUCCAGCCCGGAUAAAACCCUCAUCCCCAUUUGCUCUAGCCCUAUUCCACGAUCACCCUUGCAGGCAGUAGCCAUACACAGAGCUGGGCAGGAGGUCUUCAGUGAUGAGCAGCAGAAAGGAGAGACAAGACAAUUAAAUGAUGUCCUCCACCUUGCAGGGCAGUCGCUGGCUUCUGAAGCCCAGUCCUCUUGCUGUUCAUCGCUGCUGUUAGAAGCCACAGACUUAUCGAGUUAUGGAGCUAAGCUGCAAAAAAUGAAGGAUGAAUUCAUAGGUUCAGCCCUGGAACUUAUUAAGAAAAGCUGCAAUGCUGAGACUGCUGCCAAAUCCCCGUCCAAGGGACAGUGUGAUCUGAGGGAAGCUGAUCUCCCACCUCCAGAGGACAGCCAGCAGCCCAAAGCGAUGUCCAUGGCAACAGACACCUGGGAGGACAAGCCAAGCAAUGAGACAUCCAGUGACACUCCACCUGCAGGGAAUAUGCCCAGUCCUGUCUGCCGCCGAUCCAGCUCUGACAUCGUCCAUGAGAACACGGAUGGUGCUAAGGCACAGCGGGAGUGCCGGCUGCGGCCACACUUCAGUGACCCUAUGCCGACAGACUCGGUUAAGAGGAAGCAGCUGGAGCUGAAGAUUGCAGCUGCACAACGGCAGCAUGCACAGAAGCGCCGGCAGGAGCGAGACUACGGUCCAGUGGUAGCAAAAGCCAACCUUGGCCAUGGUGGCAGCUUUGAUGAGGCCCGCCGUGCCCCACGUGGCUCCCUUCGCUCCAGACAUCAUUGGAGCAACGUCAGCAGCCUGAGCACAGACAGCGGGAUUGUUGGUGUGAAUGAUGUCCGGGAUGACCUGGAUCCUAGUGAGGCCACCCGGACCAAGUCAGCAGAUAUGGAGAGGGCAGAUAGUGGCAUUGGCCAGAUGCCAGCCAGAAAGUGGAGGAACAGGGCAGCUGAAACACUGAGCUCCCUGCAGGCCUGGGAAGCCCACCGUCCUUGCACCGACUGUGGAGAAAGGGACCUUCCGGUGGAGACGGAUGUGCAGAACCGCAAUCAGAGGCGGGCUGACCUCUGCGAGAAGUGCCGCAAGCGCAGGACGGAGCGCAAGGAGUCUGUGCUGGAGUUUGUCAACACAGAGGCCAGCUAUGGAGAGGACCUGCGCAUCAUCAAAGAGGAGUUCUACCUUCCUAUGCAGGCAGCUGGGCUGCUGAGCCAGGAGCAGCUCCUGGGCAUCUUCAGCAACAUCCAGGAGCUCAUCGACCUCAAUGAGAACUUCCUGGAGAUACUCCAGGAAGAGAUCGAUCAGGCCUUUGACCAGGGCGACGGCGACCUGAUGACUGUGUGCAUCGGCGAAAUAUUUCUAGAGUUCGUCAACAUGUUGCCAGCCUUUCAGACUUACUGUCUCCAGCAGUCCUCCUCCGUGAAUAUGCUCAACGCUCUGGAGAAGGAGAAAGAGUUGCUCAGAAUAUUCCUCAAUGUCUCCCAGAACGACAACACAGCUCUACGGCGGAUGAACUUGAGGUCCUUCCUGAUGGCCCCUUUGCAAAGAGUCACCAAGUACCCAUUGCUGCUCAGCAGAAUCAUCAAGGCCACCAACGAGUACCACCCAGAUCAUGGCAGCCUGCGGGAAGCCAAGAGCCGCAUCGAGUCCCACCUGGAGCACAUCAACAUGAAAACCAAGCAGGAGGGGAACACAUGGACCCUUCGCUCCUUUCGCCAGGACAGCAAGAAGAAGAGGGAAGUCAUCAACAUUGAGAUGAGAGAAACUGCCCUCAAAACUGUAGGUUGGCUGCGGGAGGAAACGCGAUUUGUGAUGGAGGGUUCUCUGCAGCUGGCCCAGCCCCCUGACGGCCAGUGGGUGAAGAAAGGCAGCAAGACCUUGAAGUUCCAGAACAUGCAGGUCCUCCUCCUGGUGAACAUGAAGCGUGUGUCCGAGUCCAGCCUGGAGUCAGCCGAGCCAGGGCCUGUGAAGGACGCUGUGCUGGUACUCAUCAGGGACAAAAAUAACGGGAAGUUCCAUUUGCUCAGGGAGCCCUUGAGGCUGAGUAAUUGCAUUGUCUCCACUGAUCCUGACUGUGAUGACACUUUUGAACUCAUUGAGAUCAGGCGGGAGGCGUUUGUGUUCCGGGACAGCGACCGAGCACGGACUCACCACUGGUUCAGGCAGAUCAGGCGAUACUCGAGGGAGCUGGGCUCCUGGAAGAAGCGGCGGAAUGCACUGCCCAACAUCAUGAUCAGCACCCCUCACACCAGGCCCUGAGUCCUGCAUGGGCAG